GGCUGAGCAAGAGCCGCGGGCUUCCGAACUCAGGAAGGGGCGGCUUGAGCAGCAGACCGGAGACCCGCCAAGGUCACCCCCUAAGUGAGCCUUCCAUGGAGGAUGCCUGGGAAGACCCGACCACAUUUACUGCCCAGUCUCUGCCCACUGAUCCCCGGCUCUUGGCCACUGUGACCAAUGCAUACCUGGGCACACGUGUGUAUCAUGACACACUGCAUGUGAGUGGCUUGUACAAUGGGGCUGGGGGUGGCACACACCGAGCAGUUCUGCCCAGCCCCCUCAACGUCAAACUGGAGGCCCCUGCAGAGACAGAAAAGCAGAUGGAGGAGACCUUUGCCCUGGACACCAACACAGGCUCCUUUCUGCACACCCUGGGGAGCUCCAGCUUCCAGGCCUGCCAGCGCAUCUAUGCCCACCGCACGCUGCCCCACAUUCUGGCCUUCAGCGUGUCUAUUGCCCGCUUGGAAGCAGGGAGCUCGCCUGUCACGGUGCUGCUGCGUUCAUCCUUCUCCCUAGAAAGCCCAGACCUGGACUUGCAUCUGGGGCCCGACGUCCAGGGAUUCCGGUACCUGUACGGCCACACACUCACCCCUGAACAACCUGGGGGGCCACGACAGGAGGUGCACAUGCUGUGGACACCAGUGCCCCUGACAUUGACCCUUGGGGAACACGAGAAGAACAGGACCUGGGACUUCCUGACUGUCGUGGGCAGCAGCCAGGCAGAGGCCCAGGCCUACCUCCAGGAGGCCCUGCAUCUGCAGGCCAGAGGCUCUCUAUACCCAGCCCAUGCCCAGUCCUGGGCCCAGCUGUGGGCAGGCUGUGGCCUGGAUGUGGUAGGACCACUGCCCCUGCGCCAGGCCCUUCGUGGCUCCCUCUACUACCUGCUCAGUGCCCUACCCCAACCCGGGGCUUUAGGGUAUGUCUGUCAUGGCCUCAGCCCCGGGGGCCUCUCCAAUGGGAGCCAGGAGGAGUGCUACUGGGGCCACGUCUUCUGGGAUCAGGACCUCUGGAUGUUCCCAAGUAUCCUGAUGUUCCACCCAGAGGCUGCCAGGGCCAUCCUGGAGUACCGCAUCAGGACACUGAGUGGGGCCCUGGAAAACGCGCGGAACCUGGGCUACCAGGGAGCCAAGUUUGCUUGGGAGAGUGCAGGCUCUGGCCUGGAGGUCUGCCCUGAGGACAUUUAUGGGGCUCAGGAGAUCCACAUCAACGGGGCGGUCCUGUUGGCCUUCCAGCUGUACUACGACACCACCCAGGAUCUGCAGCUUUUCCGGGAGGCUGGUGGCUGGGAUGUGGUCAGUGCUGUCGCUGAGUUCUGGUGCAGCCGUGUAGAGUGGAGCUCCAGGGAGAAGCAGUACCACCUGAGAGGAGUCAUGCCCCCUGAUGAGUUCCAUUCAGGAGUCAACAACUCCACCUACACCAACGUCCUGGUCCAGACCAGUCUGCACUUUGCAGCUGGUCUGGCCGAGGACCUGGGUCUGCCUGUCCCCAACCAGUGGCUGGUGGUGGCUGAUAAGAUCAAGGUGCCCUUUGACCCGGAGCGAAACUUCCACCCUGAAUUUGAUGGGUAUGAGCCUGGAGAGGAAGUGAAGCAGGCUGAUGUCGUGCUCCUGGGGUACCCGGUCCCCUUCCCCCUGAGUCCUGACGUCCGCAGGAAGAACCUGGAGAUGUACGAGGCUGUGACAUCCCCCCAGGGCCCAGCCAUGACCUGGAGCAUGUUUGCGGUGGGCUGGAUGGAGUUGAAGGACCCAUUGAGGGCACGAAGGCUUCUGGACAGGAGUUUGACCAAUGUCACUGAGCCCUUCAAGGUGUGGACGGAGAAUGCCGACGGGUCGGGUGCAGUGAACUUCCUGACAGGCAUGGGGGGCUUCCUGCAGGCGGUACUCUUCGGAACCACAGGCCUCAGGGUCACCCGGGCAGGCAUGACCUUUGACCCCCUGUGUCCAGCGGGGGUCUCCGGAGUGUGUGUCUCUGGCAUCUCCUACCAGGGGAACAAGCUCAACUUUAUCGUCUCCGAGGACUCCAUGACAGUUGAGGUCACGGCCCAGGCUGGGCCCUGGGCCCCUCUGUUGGAGGCUGAGCUCUGGCCAUCACAGGUGCGGCUGCCUCUGCUGCCAGGACACAAGGCCUCCUUUCCCCACUCAGCUGGCCGCAUACAAAGGUCGCUCCCAGAGCUGCCUGAAGCUCUGACUCAAGAAUUUCCCAGGAGAAGCUUUGAAGACAGACCUCUGCUACAGAGCCUGGGACAUCCUGCAGCCCUCAGCCCCCAGGCCCUCCCCCGGAACCCUGCCCCUGAAUGGCCAGGGCUGCUGGCUUCAGAAAUGUCUCCUGAACCCCGCUUUUCAUCACUGCCCCUGCUCCUCGCCCAGCUCUCCCCCAGUCCCAGGCGGUCUGCCUGGCUUGAGCCCCUCCCCAGCCUCGACUCCACGGGCAGCCAGUUUUCCACACCUCAUCUGACCUGGCACCCCGUCUCUCAGUGCCCCACCUUGCUCCCCAGGCACUUUCCAGGGCCCCUGCAGCCAGGGCCUGAGUGUCCACACUCACACCCACCUAGACUCUGGUCACGGGGCCCGUGAGGGGAGUUACUGGCAGGGUGAGGGUGAGGAGGAAGGGGCUCCACCCCGGCGCAGUUGCCCAGGACUGUCGGCUACCGCUUUACCAGAAUUGAGCUUUCCCCUCAGUGCAGCUGUGGUCAGGCAGGGCUGGACCAGGGGCGCACGGGUGUCAUCACUGACUCCUCUUGACUCCAUGUCAGAUGGCCUCUGGCACUGUGGGGUGGGGUGGGCAGCCCGUCCUCAACCCCACGGCCUAUGAGAAGGGAAGGGGGUGCCAUUGCUGGAGGAUAGGACUGGGGUGCCAGAGCAAGACCCUCAACUCCCCACUGGCCACCAGAGGGACUAGACUCAAAUGUGCUUGGGUUCCAGGCCUUGAUCCCAGGCCAGGCUGUGACAGGCGGGCUGUUCAAAGACAGAGAUUCUGCCUGGCAGCAGCUCCCACAUCCUCAAGCCUGGGGUGGCUCACAGCGACUUCCCUAGAACCAGCUGAGAAGGCAUCUGGAGCUGAGACACUGGUGAGGUCCAGACCCGGCACCAGACAACCUGCAGAGUCCACUCAGUGCUGGGCAGAGCUUUGCUCCUAUAAAGGCCUAUACCUUCUUCUGAAA